GCGUAAAAUGUAUAAUAUUCUGUGCCAAGCAAAGAGGUGCUAAGACAAUUCUUGUCAUUCAUUUCGAGCAAUUAUUAUAACUGAUUUUCAUACUACCGUAAUAUUUACUUCGAGUAAUGGCAUCCGAUGAAUAUCAAAUUCAAAAUAUUUACCGUUAUUCUAGAAAAUCUUUCAGAAAUCAUCAAGACUCUAAUAUAGAUAAUUACGCACCGAGCCCAAGGGAGGACGCAGAUUCUGACGCGGCCGAUUCAUCGCCCAGAAAUGACAUAAGAUUUGAUGAAAUAAGGCUUGCAAGCGCCGGCUGCAGUUGCGACCUAGACCCUGAAGCUGAUAUAGCUAACAUUCUUCAUAAAAAAUGUCCAGUCAUCGCCUUGGCCCAGCAGCAACUUCAGAAGCUUUUGGACGAAACAGAUAGAUUUCUUUGCGAUAAUGCGCGGUUGAAUUAUAAGUACGUUACAUUUACUAAAUGUAAAGUAUUUGAGAUCAGAUCUCCUUACGAUGUUGUCUGCUUAUGCAAAGAAACCUUAUUGAACUUAAACAAAUGGGAAUAUAUAAUUAUUAUUUUACUUGUGACAGCAUUUUUCAUUGGUUUAAUCAUAGGUGCAGCAUCAUGUAAGUCUCAGAAUGGUAAAUUCAAUAGCCAUUUAUUGACGUGCAUAGAUCAUUUUCUCACUUCUGAUGCAUACGCUACUGAUAAAAGUUUUCGUGCUAUCACAUAA